GUUGGAGGGCGGGCGGGCCGGAGGCGGGAGGCUCACAGAGGGAGAGAGGGCUAGAGGAAGAGGGCGGGAGCGAGCGAACCAGAGAGAAAGGAGAGGAGGGAGGAGGCGCGCCGCGCCAUGGUGUCCUGCGCGGGGCCAGGGCCAGGGCCGGGGCCGGGCCAGGCCGGGCCAUGAGCCGCGCCGGGAGCUGGGACAUGGACGGGCUGCGGGCAGACGGCGGGGGCGCCGGUGGCGCCCCGGCCUCUUCCUCCUCCUCCUCGGUGGCGGCGGCGGCGGCGUCAGGCCAGUGCCGCGGCUUUCUCUCCGCGCCUGUGUUCGCCGGGACGCAUUCGGGGCGGGCGGCGGCGGCGGCGGCGGCGGCUGCGGCGGCGGCAGCGGCAGCCUCCGGCUUUGCGUACCCCGGGACCUCUGAGCGCACGGGCUCUUCCUCGUCGUCGUCCUCUUCUGCCGUUGUGGCGGCGCGCCCGGAGGCUCCCCUAGCCAAAGAGUGCCCAGCACCCACGCCUGCAGCGGCCGCUGCAGCGCCCCCGAGCGCUCCAGCGCUGGGCUACGGCUACCACUUCGGCAACGGCUACUACAGCUGCCGUAUGUCGCACGGCGUGGGCUUACAGCAGAAUGCGCUCAAGUCAUCGCCGCACGCCUCGCUGGGAGGCUUUCCCGUGGAGAAGUACAUGGACGUGUCAGGCCUGGCGAGCAGCAGCGUGCCGACCAACGAGGUGCCAGCGCGAGCCAAGGAGGUAUCCUUCUACCAGGGCUAUACGAGCCCUUACCAGCACGUGCCCGGCUAUAUCGACAUGGUGUCCACUUUCGGCUCCGGGGAGCCUCGGCACGAGGCCUACAUCUCCAUGGAGGGGUACCAGUCCUGGACGCUGGCUAACGGGUGGAACAGCCAGGUGUACUGCACCAAGGACCAGCCACAGGGGUCCCACUUUUGGAAAUCGUCCUUUCCAGGGGAUGUGGCUCUAAAUCAGCCGGACAUGUGCGUCUACCGAAGAGGGAGGAAGAAGAGAGUGCCUUACACCAAACUGCAGCUCAAAGAACUGGAGAACGAGUAUGCCAUUAACAAGUUCAUUAACAAGGACAAGCGGCGGCGUAUCUCGGCUGCUACGAACCUAUCUGAGAGACAAGUGACCAUUUGGUUUCAGAACCGAAGAGUGAAGGACAAGAAAAUUGUCUCCAAGCUCAAAGAUACUGUCUCCUGAUGUGGUCCAGGUUGGCCACAGACAGCUUAGAAGCCAUUCGGUUGUCUCCAAAAGGCCUUUGGAAAGACUUGAAUAUGUAUUUAAUUCCCCCCACCCCCUGCCAAUGGUGGCAAAUUUUGUGAAUUGUUUUUCUCUCUUCCCCUGAUCUGGCUCUAAAACCUUCUGCUGCCCAACCUGACUUUGUAGUUCUGAUUUUUACUUGUUUAUUAUUGGUUUUGUUCUUGCCUAGGGUUUUAAAAAUAUCUGUUUUUAAUGUUUUGUUUCUCCCUCCAGGCCAGUAUAAAGGGACUUGAAGUAUUUUUUAAUAAUCCGCCCCCAAUGAACUUCAGAAGUGCCAUUCUGAUUUAAGGGUUUUUUUAAAAAAUUACUUUAUUUGUUCGUUCCCAGCACUGAUUAUCUUCAUAAUCCUUUAGGACAGAAUGGUUUUCAGUCGUUCAUAUCCUGUAAUUAGGUAAUUGAAUCAUUAGCUCUCAGCAGUUGCCCUGAGGCAAGUGGAAAGGCAGGCACUGCUCUGGGGUCACCAGGAAAGUCUAAAAACAGGAGGCUGAAGGUACUGUGAUGGCUUUAAAAGUGGCCACCUUAUUAAAUAGGGUUUGUAUCAAUAUUGAAAUGAAGACAAUCUUUCCAACUUUGGGUGUUUCACUUGCUGUUUUAAUUGUUUGUUUUUAACACUUUGUAGGUUUGUGUUUUCAUAAUCUUUAAUUUGAAACUCAUGUGUCCUCAUGGAUCGUGGAUGCCUUCAUUUCUUGAGCUCUCAAUGCAGACAUUUAAAUGGCUGCAAUCAGUAGAGUGACCCGCGGAUGGCAUAAAUGCACCUCCUUUUCUUGGCCUUGGAUCUAUGGGUCUGGGAUUGUGGUCAUCUCCUCAAUCCUCAAAAAGAGGCUGAAUCAAUGUGGCCAUGGGUGGGAACUUACAUACAGAACCCAAUGAAGAACUUGACUGUCUAAACAAGGGGGCCUCGCAUGGAGCUGUAAAGCAUCUAACAAAUAUGAAAAAUGUGAAGUUCCAAGGUCCAAGAAGAAAAAUAAUGAUGUUUCUGAAAGUGAUGAUAAAUAAUUACUUUUAAAGUGCUGCAUAUUUAUACAAUUGAGAGAUUAUUUUUGUAAAUGCAAUGUCUGUGAGCUGGGAUACAUGGGCAGUGCUUCAGACAUUUAAAAAUCACUUUUUACUCCUAGGGAGAUGCCAAUAAACAGAACUCUUUUGUUUCUUCUGAGUCCUUAUACAUUUGUUUUAUUUUUUCAAGUUUGUGUUUCUUCUUGAAACGAUUCGUAUUUAUUACAAAAUCUUGGUAUCUUGAACACAAUUAUGUUCUCUAUAGAUGAAGGAAACUCAACACUAAUUCUGGUUUCUGGAACCUUCAUGCUCUCCACUUUUGGCCCCCUCCCUCCCUUUUGCCCAUGACUUUAACAUAAGUAGUGAUGUUUUAAAAUGAGGAUAUCAUUUACAGUGUUUUAAAUGAUAUUUUAUUUUA